AUGAUCACGGCCAGAUUCGUCCUUCUCCAGACCCAGCGAGCAAUCUGGGAAGAACGCAUACAGAAGGCUCCCUAUUGCCCCCCCCCGCCACCACGAAGUCACAAGGAGGAGAAGGCUCUCGUAGACGUCCAAAAUGCCUUCAACAAAGGCGGAAGGCUUGCUCGCUUUAGUACAUACCUAGAUAAGCGUGUCUUAUGGUCAGGGAUUCAGGGGGCGCUUCCGUCAACAAAAGCCCCUCUCAUGCUGAAGCGUUUGCCGGGAUUCCGCUUCUUGGCUCUCCGCGGCCUUCUGCGUCGCACGGCCGGACGAACAGCCCGUUCCUCCUGUGGUGACAGGCCCCAGUCUCCUCCAGAAAAAAAAGAAGAAGAAAAGACGGUGAUUUUUGGACUUUUGGAACUUGGUGUUCCCCUACAGUUGGUUACCUAG